AUGAAAGCGGUGGUCAUGACCCGAGAUGACUCGAGUGGGGGAUGGCUGGCACAGGAAGGUGGGGGCCUCAGCAGGGUGGGCGUCUGUAAGGUGAUGUCUGCUGAGCUGACCGGCCACAGUGACUUCCUCAUCCACGGCGAGCGCCUCAAAGACAAGCAGGUGAUUUUGGAAUGUUUCGUGAGGAAGGAUCUGAUCUACACCAAGGCCACGCCCACAUUUCACCACUGGAAGGUCGACAACAAAAAAUGCGGCCUAACGUUCCAGAGCCCCGCCGAUGCCCGUGCCUUUGACAGAGGUCUGCGGAAAGCCUUGGAGGACAUAACGGAGGGUUCCACAACUUCCUCUUCAACACCCCAGAAUGAGGCUGAACUUGGGGAUGAUGAUGUGUUCACAACUGCCACCGACAGCUCCUCAAACUCAUUUCAGAAGAAGGAGCUCGCUACACAGCUAGUGGCCACCUCCACCUUCUACGAGCCUCAUCCACAUCGCUGCAUUCUGCAGUACCGGCCGCCUGAGCGCUACAGCCUGGAUCAGAAGUUCUCCAGGAACCCCUUCCUGUUUGAGGAUGAGGAGAUCGUCCGAAUCAACCCCCGGGAGCGCUGGCUGAUCACAGGCUACGAGGACUACCGAUACGCCGCCAUGCCGGACAAGUUCAUCCAGCACGAGGACUCGGACUUGUACGUUCACAUCGCUAAGAACGAUCCCUUAAAGCACGACUACAACUACCCCUAUGUGCCCAGCUCCGACUUCAGCCAGUGCGACCUCAAGAGCCACGGGGGCGACGGAGGCGUAGUGGCCACCCAGCCGCGGGCGUUCAAGCUCAAGGGCAAGCGAAGGAAAGAGGACGGAGAGCGAUCGCGCUGCGUCUACUGCCGGGACAUGUUCAACCACGAGGAGAACCGACGCGGACAGUGCCACGAUGCCCCCGACCCCAUCCGGACCUGCAUCCACCGGGUCAGCUUCAUGUGGUGCGCCGACAGCAUGCUCUACCACUGCAUGUCCGACCCGGAGGGAGAGUACUCGGACCCGUGCUCGUGCGACACCAGCGAGGAACGUUUCUGCCUUCGCUGGACGGCCCUGUUGGGUCUGUCGGUGUUGGCGCCCUGUCUGUGCUGCUACCCGCCGCUUCACGCGUGCCACCGCUGCGGCGUGGCCUGCGGUUGCUGCGGAGGAAAGCACAAGGCUGUCGGCUGAACCCCCCCGCCCGUCCCGAAUGAACCCUAAACUCCCCUCGGAACACUAGCACUGAGGAUGGCAGGAGCGGACGAAACCGACGCUGCCCAGUUGGCGCUUUUACUGUCCUUAACUUUAUGGUCUCUCCUGGUUCCAGAAAACAAUUCAUGCAUUA